AUGUUGUCUCUCUCCAGUCUGAGGCCCCUGGAUGUGGAGUUUAUGAGUCGUCUGAGUAAAGUGGUCAACAUAGUCCCUGUCAUCGCCAAGGCAGACACACUCACCCUGGAGGAGAGGGACUUCUUCAAACAGACGAUCAGGGAAGGACUGCGAGCCAACGGGAUCGACGUCUACCCUCAGAAAGAGUUUGACGAGGAUGCUGAUGACAGGAUGAUCAAUGAUAAGAUCAGGGAGAUGAUCCCAUUUGCUGUGGUGGGGAGAAACCAGUAGUACCUGGUCAGUGGAAAGAUUAUUCUGGGCACAAACAA